GAUGAAGAAGAAGAAGUGUUAUUGUGGUCUUUUGUAUUUCCGACAGCAAUUGAAUGCCUCAACAGUCACGUGAAAAAUCACAAGAAAGACGGAAGUGCAGCAACAACUUGUAAAAACAAUAGAAGAAGAAGAAGAAGAAGGAUGACGACAGCGGCUCUGACUGCGGGUCUGGACCGGAUCCCGGAUCAGCUCGGGUACCUGGUCAUCAGUGAGGACGGAGUCCUGGCCUCUGCAGGUGAGCUGGAGAACGAUGAACACACAGCAGGUGUGAUGAUGCAGAUGGUUCGAACAGCCGGUCGGUUCAGGUUACCUGGAUCAGCUGAGCCGCCCUUCAAACGCAUGUCAGUGAUCCUGGAGGACUUUGUCUACGCCGUGACGGUUUCUGGUCAGAAGGUUUUCGUGGUCAAACGUCAGAACAACCAGCAGGAACCAAUCAGUGUUUAGAGAUGGACACACAGGAAAUGAGGCAGAGGUCAGGUGGUGGUCUGGGGAGCAGCGAUGUUGGAAGUUCAAAGGUCAUCAGCUGGUCCAUCAGUGAUCACCAGCUGGAAGUCAGACAUGUUUCCAACUCUAUUAAACUCAACUUGUGUUUGAUUUAAAUAAAGUUUUGUAUGUUUGAAUUUGUGUAUUUAACUGAAUAAAUGAUUUAUGAUUUAAGUGUGAAA